AUGAUGCGCCUGCGCACGUCUCACAGCGUCGGCGCGCUGCUCUUGCUGCUGGCAGCGCGCGGCGCCCCGAGCGCUGGGUCGCCGGCGAGCGGGACGCUGUCCCGCCCGAGGGUGGAGGGCUCGGCGAGCGGUCGCCCUCGCGAGCCGCAGGCCGAGUUCGGGAGGCGCCUGUCUACCAGCGGCGCGCAGUUGCUCAAGCUCUUGGCGGGUGAUGGGGUCGACAACGACAGGUUCGGAAUGUCGGUGGCCGUGAGCUCCGACGCGGCCCGCGUGGUGGUGGGGGCCGUUUACUACUACUACGCAGACUACGAAACCACUGUUCAUGGCUCCGCGUACGUGCUCGACGGGGCCACCGGCGAGAGUCUGCUGAAGCUUGUGGCGGGUGAUGGGACUGCUUACGACCGUUUCGGAAUCUCGGUGGCCGUGAGCUCCGACGGGGCCCGCGUGGUGGUGGGAAACGAUGUGGACAACGACCAGGGCUACAAUUCAGGCUCCGCGUCCGUGUUCGACGGGGCCACCGGCGAGAGGCUGCUGAAGCUUGUGGCGAGUGAUGGGGCCGCAGGCGACCGUUUCGGUUUCUCGGUGGCCGUGAGCUCCGACGGGGCCCGUGUGGUGGUGGGGAGCAGAUAUGACAACGACCAGGGCUUCAAUUCAGGCUCCGCGUACGUGUUGGACGGGGCCACCGGCGAGAGGCUGCUGAAGCUUGUGGCGAGUGAUGGGGCCGCAGGCGACUUUUUCGGUUCCUCGGUGGCCGUGAGCUCCGACGGGGCCCGCGUGGUGGUGGGGGCCUAUGGUGACGGCUCCCUUUCCGGCUCCGUGUACGUGCUCGACGGGGCCACCGGCGAGAGGCUGCUGAAGCUUGUGGCGAGUGAUGGGGCUGCAGACGACCGUUUCGGUUUCUCGGUGGCCGUGAGCUCCGACGGGGCCCGCGUGGUGGUGGGGGCCCACCGCGACGACGACCAGUUUGGACAAUUCCGGCUCCGUGUACGUGCUCGACGGGGCCACCGGCGAGAGGCUGCUGAAGCUUGUGGCGAGUGA